AUGUCCUUCCUCUCCGCGCUGUGCGGAUGCUUCUCCCGCGAAGAGAAAACCCCUUCACCCCCAGAAACCAUGAUCCAAAGACCCAACAACAACAUCCAAACAGGCCACUUCACUCUCAACGGUGACGGCCAAUUCAUUCGCCCCUCGCCCUCGUCCUCAUCCGGACACAGCGGGCACGGACCCCCGGAUGACUCGGCAGAUGGCUAUUCCAGCGUGGUCCCGCUGCCGCAGUACACAGCCCGUCCGAUGAGCCUCCACGAGAAGACUCUAGAAGCCCACAUGCGCGAUCCAUCCGUGUCUUCCGAGUCACAGGAGUAUCCCGUGGAAGAAAAGAACCGCAAUCUCUACGACGAGGAAGUCACAUCUGAUGCUUCCUCGGCUAUUUCCUAUCCAAGCAGCUAUGGAAAUACAUCCACUGCAACGAGGGAAACUCCACCGCCGCCAUACUCGCCUCGUCAUUCGGUGAUGCUGAGUCGGUCCCGGUCUAUCUCGGUUUCUUCGGCUAUGGCUGUGAUCGUUAAUCCGCCGCCCAUAGCACGUCUUAAUGGUUCACGGACUGGGCCUGUCUAUGUGGAGGAUGAUGAUCGUUCUAUUCGUCGUCAUCGUCGGGUCUCUUGGGAAAGUCGGUGA